AGACCCCUCAUCUCGGUUGGAAACCUAAUACCGAUCUCUUCUUCCUCAAACGCUGACCUAAGAUUUACAUCGCCAUGGCCGGAAGGGGGAAGGCGAUCGGCUCCGGCGCCUCGAAGAAGGCGAUGUCGAGGAGUAGCAAGGCUGGUCUCCAGUUUCCCGUCGGCAGGAUAGCCCGUUUCCUCAAGGCUGGCAAGUACGCUGAGCGCGUUGGCGCCGGCGCUCCAGUCUAUCUCGCUGCCGUCCUCGAGUACCUCGCUGCCGAGGUGUUGGAGCUCGCUGGAAACGCGGCUAGAGACAACAAGAAGACGAGAAUAGUCCCAAGGCACAUCCAAUUGGCGGUGAGGAACGAUGAGGAGCUUUCCAAGCUUCUGGGGACGGUCACCAUUGCCAAUGGUGGUGUGAUGCCCAACAUCCACAACCUACUUCUCCCCAAGAAGACCGGUGGCUCCUCCAAGUCUGCCCCUGGAGAUGAUGAGAACUAAAGUUGCCAAUUUUUUUCUCCUCUUCCUUGUCUUUCUCUUGUAGACUAAUGUGGAGAACGUAACAUCUUUAGAAAUUCUUCUACUUCUUUUCCCUUUUUCUUCUCUCUCUUAUUUUAUGUAAGUUGUAGUGUUUGUCAAUUGUUUUUAGAUUUUAAUUCAAGGAAUGGGAAAGUGGGCAUCUCUCUUCUAGACUUAA